CCGCCCCUGCGUUUUGUUUUGACAGAACGAGGCUAGGGAAUGUUUUGUCGAUAAGGUUAUGUCACAUUUUGGGCGUUAAUUCGGGUAACCCCCUAGUAUAUAACUGAUAAUGGAUUCGUGUGAACCAACAGAUGAUACUUUGUUCUUAACUAUUCUGUACGGAAACGAAGAGGUGUCUGUGGAGCUCCCAAAACACAAUACAGUCUGGGACCUCAAAGUUGAGAUUUUUGAAAAAUUGAAUAUUCCACCCUCGAAACAAAUAAUUGACUGUUGGUAUGCAAGACCUGAGGAGGAUAACGACAUUUUGGGGAAGUGCUGUGAGUCUGGAACCAGUUUUCUGGUUGUUUAUGAUUCCGAUAAAAUGGAAACGGAGUGCGGAGGAUCCGAGGAUGUUGCUGUGACUGAGGAGGAAAAUAAUUUCAGAGAGUUGGAAAGUUGUGCUGCAAUGGAUUUUAUUGAAUAUUUUUCAAAUAAUUUCGACGAUAGAGGGAUACUGUUUCACGUAUGCCGGUUAGAAGAUGCAAUCUCACAAGCAUGUUUCACGUCCUUGGAAAAUCGAAAAAUUCUACUUCUGUAUCUGCACAACAAAAACGACAAGUUUUCGAAAAUUUUCGGCGAAAAUUUGGGCCGUCCAGAAGUCAAGGAAAUCGUCAACGAGCGUUUUUUUCUCCUAGGUUGGGAUCUCGAGAACGACGAAUGCCACCCAGCUUUAACCGAAGCCUUAAACAGUCGUGCCGAACUAUCAACACUCGUCAAUUUCGUGGAAAAGAAAAUCUGUGCUGCCUUAUUGAUAGUGCCUAUUAAGAAUUCGUUCAGUUUAUUUUCGUGCAUGAAAAGCAAAGUGUCGAAGAAGGAUUUUUUAGAGACACUGAAAAAGGCUGAAGAGUUUUUGGUUGUGGAAAACGAAAUCGAGAAGGACUUGGAGAACGCAGAGCAAUCAGUUAAUGAUAUUGGGUCCAACAACUACCAACAGAUUAUGUUGGACUUGCUUGGAGACCGCGACUACGAUAGUUUUGAUCACUUUGAAUUCGAACAACUGAAGGACAAGAUUGGAUAUGCGCUGUAUGGACCUCCAGAGACGGAAACGGGAUACAGCGAGAAACAGAAGAAGAAAAUCGAGUUCUUAUUUGAAAUUAUUAUUAAGCAGAAUAAUCAAUUCACAAAAUGGAAAGAUCGCGUCGUCGUGUCCUUCAUCUACAACUGCACUGAGCCCCUCCCCAGCGAGAAACAAAAGCGUUCCAAGAAAUUCAAAGACUACAAUCCAACCACUGACCUCACCCCUAUACCGCUGUUCGUUCUGCGCAAGUGCAAAAACAGCGAAAAUCCCUGUCGCAUCAUAAUCGACGACAGCGGCCGCGUCUACAAGACCUGGAGCGCCUACCUAGCCAGAAACAAACUGCCUGAAUGCGAGAUGAUUCUUCCUUUGAACGGCCGCUACCAGGCGGACGAGAACGGAAACGUUAUUCUGGAGCGCCACCUGUCGCCGACUUGCGGCAUAGACCAUAAGAUCUUGCAAGGGGCCGACAUGGCAAACACAGCCGCCGGUUUGGUUUCUGGAGGCAUCUUCAUAGCCGCUGCCAUUCCUACGAUAACUGUGGCUCCGGUGGCUCUGAUUGCAGCGGGAGCCACGGGAAUCGGAGUAGGGUUGUAUUCGUUGGGGCGGAGUGCGUAUACUUUGUACGACAGGAACAGGCAUAAAGAGACGCUGAGUUUCGGCAAUUCUGAAGCUAGAGGGGCGUACUUGAACAUUGUGGCUGGGUCGUUGGGGUUUGUUGGAGCGGGAGCCAAUAUGGCGGUGUCGCAGUUGGCAACAAGAGGGUUCAAUAUUGGACAGGGCGCCACCGCAGCCGUCAAUGUUAUAAACGUGGCCAACAUGUCCGCGAGCGGUAUAAAUGUGGUCAACUCCAGCUACGACGUCUUCGAUCAGUGGUGGAACGAGAACCAAGCGCCCUCUUUCCUCACCAUAGUCCAACUAAGCUCUUCCAUCCUCUUCUUCGGGCAUGCAGUCUACAACUUCAAGCUCGCCGGAACCAUGAUCGAGGAAUCGCAAGCGCGCACCCUCCGCGACUACCACGACUCUCUGCGUAGCAACAGACACCGCAAGACCUUCAACAAAAUGAUGAAGGAGACCAUCCGUCAGAACAACGGCGACGUAGCCCGAGGCCAAGCCGAGGUCAUUAAAACCAUCGUCAGUCUCCAGAACAAGGACGAAGUGUUCGCCACUCUGACGCGUCUGAACAAGCAAAUGAACAAAAACGACGUGAAGUUCUCGGCUGACAACGGAAAUAUUAAGUUGAACGGCGUGAAUAUAGAUAUGGGGAAGUUUGGAGCGAUGGACAACACCGAAGCGGCGACGUUUUUGAAGACUUUGCCGAACACACCCGAGCCGUCACCGAACGAAGUUCGGAUGAUGAGUUCCAAGUUGCAGGUGUCGUUCCGAGGGGUGAACCCCACGGAAAUCGCUGGGAUGGCGUUCAGCCUGUUCAAGAUCUUCAGCAACACGGAUGAGAAUAUCAAAGAGAAGAUAAUCAACGCUGUCGCGUAUAUUGUGAUGGAGCUGCUAGGGAGGUCACCCGGGUGUUUCAGGGAAUUGGAUAAGAUGUUUCCAGGUAGCGAUAAGUUCAUGCGGUUGUUUUCUAUGGUGAACGGGUACUUCCAAGAUUUGGUCAACAAAGUGGAAGAGCAGUACCAGAAGUGGUUAGCGACGAAAGAUCCUGAGUACGAGGCGCCGAUUUUUGUACAACUGGCUCUAGAAUAUUCGAAGCGAGUGAUCCAGAUUUUCGAUUACGUGGCCGAGGCGUACUUCAUUGGAAACAAUUUGACGGAAGCCGGGGUGAAGGAGUUGAUUAAGCAUUUUUACACGUGGUUUGCGAAACAAGCGGUGGAGUACGAUGAGGCUAUGAAGAGGAAACAGGAGAGGGCGAUUCAUAGUGGGUCGCCGGGAAGGAAAAAGCGUUGCCCGGAUUGUGGAGGCGUUUGUUAUUAUUAAGAGAAAUUUGCACAAAGUAAACCCAUAUUUAUGCCAUUUUGUACUGAAUUUUAUUUAUGGUUAAGUGAUAAAGUACCAAAACAUAUCAGAGUUUGUGCAUCGAGAUAGAGUACAUAUUUUGAAAAAUUAUCCAUAGUGAACGUAUUUUUGUAACACUGUAGUAUUAGUAAAUUGGUGCUAACACGAGGGGCUUUCUAAAGUUGGUUAUUUUCCAGAAACGCUAGUCUAAGGAUCAUGUGAUUAUGUUUUUUAUAAUUUAUUUUUAAGUUGUAAAUGAUUUAAUAUAUGUGUAUAGUAUAUAUGAAGUUGUAGUUUUCGCCAGAGUAAAAACUCGCCCAGGUUGCGAGAGAAGGCUUAAUAAAAUAGUUGUAACAUA